UCCGAAAAUAGCCCCAAACUUACAGUGAUAAAGGCCUCAAAAUAGCUUUAUUGCACUCAUUGUUUUGGAAACUGAUAAUACAAAGCGGUCCGAAUUAAAACCAAGGAAUGAAUGGAAAGGCAGAGUUAAAAAUGGCAUUAGAGGAGUUAUUUAAAACCCCCAAUGAGGAACAAGGGUCAAUUGUGCUGCCACAACCCCUGGAGCAGGCGAGCGGAGGACCUUGCGAGCGGACUACUGAUUGGCCGGUGAGACAGAAAAGGGCGGUCUCAAUGAAUUAGUGAUAGACGCUAAAGGCAGAUAUCCUGCAGUGAUCAAACCCUGGGUGAUCUGACAGUGCAGUGUUUGAAGUGAUUAUCAUGCUACGCAACAUAAAGGCUUACCCCCAGCUUUGGGCCUAAUUAGUUCACUUAGGGCCCUUAUAACACACUGGCAGGGGACUGGGAAGGACAGACACUCGCCGAGAAGCCAGCAGAUUAUCAGGAUUGCCGCAGCAGCUCUGGAUGCCUAAGGUUGACCUGCUGCUACAUCAAAACAAACUGAAGAUAAUCUGCUUCUCUGAGAAUGCCACACUUAACUGACUGCAGUUACUACACGAUGCGGGACGCAACCAGAGCUUCGAAUGUACAGAGCCACCUGGAGAACUCCAAGUUCCACCUCCACCAGAGCCAGAACCAGCAGGUCAAGCAGUACCUGACGCUCGCCUCGACGGCCAGGCAAGGCCACGCCGUGCCUCACCCACACGCCCCUGGCCAGCAGCAGCUGGCCACCAUGCCGAUCAUGAGGAACGGAAACAUGCCCUCUGUCAGUGACAGCAGCAACCCCACAAGCCCCGUUACCCUGCUCACCAUGGCCAGUCACGACAGUGAGUUUCCAAUGGACGAAGUUAUUGAUGACCUAAUUAGUCUUGAAUCCGGUUUCAAUGACGGAGGCUUGGAUUGCAUGGAGUCCAACCUCAUAAUGCAAAACAAUGUGUCCCUCAGUAGCAGCAUGCUGGACGUCUAUGGGGGUGAACCAGGUAUGAACGCCCCUAAUGGUGGAAUGAGCCCCACAUCUAACCCCACAAAGCUCACUGUUAAAAGGGAACACACAGAACACGACACAAGGGUGAUGGCCAAAGAGCGACAGAAGAAAGACAACCAUAAUUUGAUUGAAAGAAGGCGACGAUACAACAUCAACUACAGGAUCAAGGAGCUGGGGACACUCAUACCGAAGUCGAAUGACCCGGACAUGCGCUGGAACAAAGGCACCAUCCUGAAGGCCUCGGUGGAGUACAUACGGUGGCUGCAGAAGGAGCAGCAGCACGCCAGGGAGCUGGAGAGCCGGCAGAAGAAGCUGGAGCAGGCAAACAGGAGGCUGCUGCUGAGGAUCCAGGAGCUCGAGAUCCAGGCACGGGCGCAUGGUCUUCCAAACAUGACUACAUCCCUGGGGACAGUCGAACUAACUUCCCAACUCCUCAAGCAGCAGCAGCAGCAGCAGCAGCAGUUGUCUCCCCAGGCCCAGCAGCCGCAGCAGCCGCAGCAGCCGCAGCAGCCGCAGCAGCCGCAGCAGCCGCCCAUGUACCAGGAGGACCCCAACAGCGACUACCUCCAGAGGAUAGCCGCGGUGGCUGGGGGGCCUUCCCACCCCACUGCCAGCGGGCCGCAGGAUCACACUACCGGCGCCGACGGAUGCACGACCUUCUCCGACCCGCUGUCCCACUUCACGGACUUCUUCAGCGCAACGCUCAAGGAGGAGCACCGGCUGGACGAGAUCCUGAUGGACGACCCCCUCUCGCCGUUUGGGACCGAUCCGCUCCUGUCGACCGGCUCGCCCGGACCCGCAUCCAAGGACAGCAGUCGCCGGAGCAGCUUCAGCUCUGGCGGGGGGGGCGACCUAUAAUCAGGGCCCCUCUCCAGAACGUACACUCUUGUUAUCUCUUCAUGACAACACGGUUGUAAUCUCCAGCGUUAAAGGGCCAUACAGAGAGCCUUUAAAAGACUGACUGAUGGUUCCGGGCAUACAAUAAUGACCACUCGCCGGGUUUUAGGUCAUUUAAAUGAGAGCUGACACACCAGGCACAGCCCCUCAAUGUGCCACCUGUAUAUAAACUGUGCAGCUCUUGUUGAAUGGGCUGUUAGAGCUCGAUUGGACCAAAAACUUGCUUUCUCCAAAGCCAAAAACAUCCCAAGGACCCUCUGCUGAGCAACCUGCUCUUUUUUUUUUUUAAACUUUGACUGCAGACAAUGAACAUGUUCCUUUGCCUCCCAGACAGAGCAGAAACAGACUCGUUGAAAAAAAAAAAGGGAGACAUUUAUCUUUAGCCUUUGUGUACAUAAUGUAAAUGACCGUACAGUCCGUUUUUUUUCUUUAAAUGAUAAGCACUGUACGUAAGGUAGCAUGCAAAAUAAUCACUGGAAAAACUGCCAAAACUGUCCUUUUUUAAUGACAAUACUACUACUUUUUGCAAAAGGAUUGUAAACAGUUGCUGUCAGGAUUUUGUUUGUGCCAUGUGCCUUAUUGGAACGCCCGUUUUUUUUUGUCUUAAAAAAAAACUAUAUGAAUAUGUAAAUGAUGUACUCACCGCGAUGCCUAACAUGUCCUCCGUCUUUGUCCGUGUCUUUUAAGUGUUUUUGUUUAGCCACUGUUUAUGUGUAUUUGUUUUAAUCCAUGUAUUCAUUAAUACAUCAUGUAUGUAUAUACUAUUAUUAUCUAACAUGUUACCUUUUUUAUUCUUACUAGGGGAGGGAAAAUAUCAUAAACCCCUUUUUUUAUACACUUGA